AGGCCUACUCAUAGCAUGAGGUGGAGAUGAAAUGAUUACGUGAAGAUGAUCUUGAUUAUUGUUACGCUGACACUUGUUUGUUACUCUCACAGCUCACAGUGGAUCAGAUACGAUGAUGAAGAUUGUCCAAAGUGCGUUGUGUAUACAACAGAAACGAAUUUUUCGUCUAUGAUAUCCUUUGAAUCAAAGGUUCUAAUUGGUGCAAGAAACAGCAUUUAUGAGAUUGAAUUCUCGGAAGAAAUAUCUACGAAGCAUGAAGACAGGUUUGAGCCAGUGGGGCUGGAAGAUUGUAUCAAGAGACUUGGACAACAAGUUGACGACUGUCAGAACUAUUAUAAAGUUAUCUUGCAGCUAAAUAAAGCUGACCUGUUCAUCUGUGGAACAAGCGCCUUCAGCCCUGUUUGUGGGGUCAGAACUAUAUCUGACCUAUCGUACAGUGCACAUAGUAAUGACGGUUUGGGAAUCUGCCCAGCAAAUCCUCGCUCUUCAACAACCUACCUGAAACUAAAAGAUGCACUAUUUGGAUUUGCGGGUACAGAACGAGCGAGUAGUUCUCAGUACGCUAUCUCUCUUGUUAACUUGGGAUAUGGAAGUUACGACGUCCUGUCCAAGACAAAGUCAGACAACCACUGGCUGAACAAGCCGGAGUUUAUCUACUCAUUUGAGUACGGAGAUCACGUUUACUUCGUACUGAAGGAAAUAGCGGUCGAGGUGAUGAGCAUUGAGCAGAUCUAUUCGAGAGUGGUAAGGAUAUGUAAGAGAGAUCACGGUGGAGGGGGUCCGUUUUUCAGCAACAACUUUGUGACGUAUCUUAAAGCACGUAUCUACUGUUCUUAUACUCGAGCUGGACAGUCACCAUACGACUUCAACGAAAUAGGCGGGGCUUAUUAUCUGAAUGGUUACCUAUACGGUCUAUUCUCCGGACCCACGAGUGUGAUCGAGACCGGCUCAGUUCUCUGCAGAUUUAGUAUGGAUGAUAUUACACGUGUAUUUGAGGGAAAGGCAAAGUACUUCGCUUUUGGUGGAUUCCGGGAUGAGGCAGAAGCUAAACCCUUUACUUGUUUGGAGGGUAGAACAGCGCAGGAUGCGAGCAAUAAUCAGCUUAUGUCUGGCGUCAUCACUUCGUCCGACCCAGUAUUUUACAGUGCGGUACAGAUGAGAAAGCUGGUGGUACAAAGCAUAGAGAUUGGUGAGGAAUCGAGUAUAAUUGCUAACACCGCAACCAACGGUGGAAAUCUUAUAAGAAUCGGCUUCAAGGAGAACUAUGGUGGUACAGUGAGACACAGGAUCCUCAGGAUGCAGCACAGUGGCCCGGUGGUGGAGCUCAGUGCUCCUGAAGACGACCCCACUCAAGUGUACCUCAUGUCUAAUGAUUGGGUCGGCUUCGCUCCCCUCAGAAUGGAGUGUGGACAUUACACUACCUGUCAGUCUUGUCAGUCUGCAUUCCCGUACUGUGGCUGGUGCAGCUCCGGCUCUGACCGGGAGCGGGUGUGUACCACAGUGGACCAGUGUGGGAGUGAGCGCACCUGGAGGUCCCCCUACGACAACUGUCCCCCACUAGCCCGGUUCAGAACACUGCCCCAGGACAGGACCGUCACUCUGACGGAGAGUAACGCAGUAGUUGAGGUGGAUCUGAUGUGUGAGAGUGAGGGGGCUGCUACUCCAUCCUGGAGCAGACUCAGCAGCCAGAUUGCGAGCUCAGCAAAGAUUGUGGAGGAUGGAACUAUACUGAGGCUCCGGGUCGACAGUUACAUGGAUGCAGGAACGUACAUCUGCAGUCUCAAGGGUGAAGCAGGAAAUGUUGACGUUGAAGCAGAUCUGACAGUUUUGGUGAGCCCCACCGUAACCAGAGUCGGUCCUAGAAAUGUAACUGUGCCCCGAGGUGAAGAUGUGACUCUGACAUGUUUGAGUGAUGGUCACCCCAAACCUACAGUAACCUGGAAGUUAAAGAACGGUAGUCCUCUUCCUGAGAGUGCAAGAAUCGACCAGAACUCAGGAGAGUUGAAACUGAUCCGGAUAGUUCCUGCAGAUGCUGGAAGAUAUUACUGCGAAGUCAGCAACAAUGUGGGUCUCCCAAAGAGUAGUCGUGAUAUCGAAGUCGCUAUUACAGAUUACAACCCCCAAGACCCAGACAGUGGCGCCACAAUUGAUGCAGCAAAGCCAUUCGACGUUAAGAAGAUUAUAAUUAUAGUGUGCUGCGCAUUGAUACUUAUCAUAGUAGUGGCAGCUAUCGUACACUUCGUACUCAAGAAGAGGAAAAGAACAAAGGAGGACGUCCCGGCCAUGUACCCUCUGACCUACCAAGAACAGAUCUAUGGCGAUAUGCCUAACACACCCAACACUGUCAUGACACCUCACUAUGUGGAGGAACAGAUGCAGUUUGAUUGGAACCAAGCCCAGCAUCUAAUGGGCCAGCAGAUGCUGACCCAGCAGUUGAUGGGGCAGAUUGGGCCGGCAAUGCCCUAUCUCAUGCCACAGAGGGACACAGUGGAGGAUGAACCUCCGCCUGCUUACCAGGCAGAAAUAGAACUUCACCAGCCACCAUCUCGGAGAAUGACUCAAUCAGACCAAUUCUUCACACCCGUACAGCGAGAUUCUCCAGGUUACUCGGCUGGUAACAGUAUGGAUAGUCACCCUGGGCACACACAGUCAGCCGAGCCAGGGUACUCUAUAGCCAGUAUAGAGCCAGCUCAUGGGGGACCUAGGGGUCCUACACCACCCCCUCGCACUGAUAUCAGACCUCCACCUACUUCAAGUAUGGAAGUAGAGGUAGAAACAGACAACAGAUCAAGUCCGGGGCCAGAUCCUCCUACUAACACAUCCUCACCUCCUCCGCAAUCAUCCGACCACACCCAACCUCCACCCUCCGACGCGGAGAGCAUUCACGAAUACGAGAGAAUAGGACUAUUGAGUAACGCUGUACAGAACGCAUCCCUAGCUAGUGAACAAGACAAUGGUAGUAGCCGGGGGAGUAGCUUGUUACAAACGUGACAGUGAGCAGUUCCCAACUUUCUAAACCCUCUAAUUACCCUCCUGGAGUAGGUUGUAGAGGGAGAAAAACUACUGAGAUUAGUCACGUACUUCCAGUAUCUGUCCAAUCCGUGUACAGAUCUUAAUAUCAUCUCGACUACUGAUGGCAAUUACCGGGAUAUAUAUCUGCCACUAUAACAGCUCCCUAAGAAUCAUACUCAAUCCAUACAUGUAUACCGACAAAAGGUAUGAUGCAAUUUAAAUGCGUCACGCGAACCAUUGAACAGCAAAUCUAGUGAUCAAUUGAAGAACUAAGUGGGUAAUACUGAGACUCUCACAGGUUAACUCGGGCUUGUCUGUAUUUGUUAUCUGACUUAUAAGUUCGGAUUCCGCCAUCUCAAGCCUCUCCAUGACAUAUUAUGAUCGUUAUAUUAAUAAUAUACAAAUAUAUUUGCAUCUGUCGCUAUUCUUACGUAUCAGCCGGACGAAUCUAUAAUCAUACUGUGGGUGGUGCGGCCAUUGGGCCAUGCAAUUACAAUAGUAUAAUAUGUACUUGUUUUGGGGAG